AUUGUUCUGAUUAUGAACGUUCCCACAUAUGAUAAAUAAAAUAUCAUUCACAAAAAAGUCAAAUCCAAAAAGUUGAAUUGUCAUUUUAUUAUUUUUCAAUUCAUGUAAUUUUGGUUAUUGUUAUUUUUAUUGUUUCAAGUGCAUGAAAGAUGAGUGAAGCAGAGAGGACUUUGGUAGAUAAGUCGGAGAGCAGCUCGUUUGAGGAUUUGGCUUCGGCGGCAGCGCACGAGAUUGAAGAAGCGAAGUUGGCCGAAGCAGCUGCCGCGGAGAAAGACCGUCCUGCCGAGGCUAAAACAGAAGAGUGGCAGGAUGUGCUAGGCUCGGGCGCGUUACUUAAAAAGUCAGUGAGACAAGGCGAUGAAUCUUCAGGCUUGAGGCCACACAGAAGUGAUAUCUGCAGAAUAAGCUAUGAAGUUAAAAUCAGGGACACAGGAGAUAUUGUUGAGAAGAGGGAUCAAGUUAAGAUAUACUUGGGUGAUAAUGAAAUUUUGCAAGGACUUGACUUAGCACUGACGCUAAUGUACAAAGGAGAAGAAUGCCUUCUUCAAAUAGCUCCUCGGUUUGCUUAUGGAGACACUGGUUUAAAACCUGGUGAAAGCCUGGGUUUAGUUGGGGAGUUAGAUAGUCCAACAUAUGCUGGACCACAAAUAGAUGGAGAAACCUGGCUGGAAGCUCGCUUAGAACUGCAUGACUGGACAGAGGAACCGGAGCAUGAGACAUUGCCAAUAGCAGAACGAAUGGAAAUUGGAAUUCGUCGCCGCGCCCGCGGUAACUGGUGGUACGGGCGCGGGGAAGCCCCGCUGGCGGUGCAGCUGUACCGGCGCGCGCUGGACGCGCUGGACGAGAGCGAGGGCGGCAUCACGGAGCCCUCGCCCUCCGGCGCGCUGGGCCAGUGCUCCGCCGCGCUCAAGCUGCUGCUGGACGAGCGCAUGCGCGUGCACAACAACAUGGCCGCCGCGCAGCUCAAGGCCGGCGCGUACGACGCUGCUCUGCAGGCAGUAACCAGAGUGCUAUCAUGCCAACCAUCUAACGCGAAAGCGUUAUACCGCAAAUCGCGCAUCCUAUCAGCCAUGGGUCGCAACUCCGAGGCUUUGGAAGCAGCCAAGGCCGCGGCGGCUGCGGCGCCCGAGGACGUCGGCACUAAGAAGGAGCUGCAGAGGUGUGAACAGAGGGCCACGAGAGACAGGUCCGUGGAGAGACGCCUGGCGAAGAGGAUGCUGGGCACUGAUCAGCCCAAAGCGGCGUCGCCUGAUAAGAAACCUUCCAGAUCCAAGAUGUUAAUGUGGGGCUCUCUGCUGCUGAGUCUGCUGGUGGGCGUCGCCAGCGUGCUGGCCUACCGCUACAAGAUGCAGGAGCACUGACACCACUGAGCAGGCGGAGGGUAACGAGAUUCCAGUGGUGCAAAUGGAUGGGAUUGGUGCACAUUAUUUACUUAAGAUAUCAUCUUGGAUUUAAGUCGGCGACUUCAUAGACAGUCCAAACAGGAGUUUGGAGAAACGUCUACAAGAUAUAUACAUACUUAUAUUUUACAUUUCAAAAAUCAUUUUCAUCUUCUAAACUGUGAAAACUAUUUUACUGUGUAUUAGUAAACUUUAUCUAUAUUAAAAAAUGUUUCCUUUGAAAAGGAUGUGAUUCGCUAUAAUAGUUACGCGAAAAAGCUUAGGUAAUUCGUUCGUCUUAAAUAUAAACAUAUCUUUAUAUGGAUGUAUAUGUAUGUAUAUCUUUAAUAAGUAUUUAUAAAGGACUCGUUAAACGAUUAACAGAACAAAUUUAUUUUUCUAUACUGACCCAUACCAUAGUUUUAUUACAUAAUACCUAAGCAGUUAAUGUAGUGAAGCACCUAGUAGACAGUAUAUUAUUUACCUACGUUAUGUAAAAAUGGUGAUAGGUUAGCUUAAUGUAGGCUUUUAAAAAGAAUGGUUCCAUCUUGUGUAUUAUAAUGGGACUUCAUCGCAUAUAGCAUUUAUGUGUAUAUAAUUAUGUAUAUGUCAACUUAUAUGUCGUCACUUGUAUUUUGUGCUUAGUGCCAAAACAAUAUAUUUUUUGUCAUAUGUAUAAUAAAAAUAUAUUUUUCGUGAAAUCUAGCUAUCUUGGAAAAUACCUACUAAGACUAAAAUAUCAUUCCAAAUGGAUAAAUAAAAGAGAACAAUUUUUGUUUCAUAUUGAUAGGAUUAUACACUACAUGUUAUAAUUAUUUAUUUAGGGUGUUAUUUCAAUUUGGUGCUUUUAUCAGCUUUUUUUUGUAAAAUUUUUCUUUUGUUUUUUUCUUGGCAUUUAUCUGUAAUUUUAUAACAAAAAUCGACAGUAAUUUCGUUAGAUUAACUUGUCCCUUAAUCAAUUGUUACAAAAGUGAUUUAUGAUUAUAACUUGCUUCAAGUAUGUUUUUCUAAAUCAUCAGCUUUAAUUUCAGAAUCUUACUUUUGGUAAUAUUGUAAAAGAGGUAUAGGUAUUGCAAGACUUGCCUGGUCUCAAUUUUUUAGUUUCGGUAACCACUCACCAUCAGUCGAAUCGCAUGUUAUCACUUUAAUAGCAACAGCAUACAGUCUAGAUUUAUCUAACAGCAGUCUAUGCAGGCCAUAGCAGCUGGAGUUUUUAACUGUAUGUGUGUCUAUCGUUCAUAUUCUGUGUAUUUAAUUUAUAGGUAUGAAAAUGUAAGCAAACUCCACCUUAUUUAACAUUAGAUAAUCAUUGGUUUGGUAUAGGAUCUUAAUAAAUAAAAAAAAGAACAGCAAUAUGAAAUUUGUAAAAUGGUGGUUCCCAGUAAAAUUAUUACUAAUAAAAGAAAUUGUUGGAAA